UGAAAAACGCUACAGGGUUUCAUCUGACAAUUUUGAGUUGGGAGUCCUUUAGACAUCCCUUUACCAUAUUCCACUUCCAGUGAAAGAAAUUCUUUUGCAAUUUCUUCUCAGUGUUUUUUUUAUUUCUCUCCGUCUACUUGGUGGAAGUGGACGUAAAACUUCAGGAACGAACGUACAUGGCUAUUGAUUAUUGACUGAAUUUGGUGUGAUGUCAUCCAAUCUUAUGUUAUUGAUGCCAACACGUCCUGAAGACAUCAGGUGUGAAUGUUAAGACAGAAGGCAGCCGUUAAUCGACUGAUUGUGUACAAUGAGUUUGCAUUGUUGACACAGGCUUGAAAAGUGCACAUAACCAUCGGGCAUAUUCGUCAUUACAGCUGAAUAGUUUCAUUGUCAGUGUGUUCGAUAUUACGGUUAUACAAUUUAACUGUUGCUGAGUUCGACAUUACGGUUAUACAAUUUAACUGUUGGUGUAUUCGUCAUUACAGCUGAAUAGUUUCAUCGUCAGUGUGUUCGAUAUUACGGUUAUACAAUUUAACUGUUGCUGAGUUCAACAUUACGGUUAUACAAUUUAACUGUUAAUUGGUGUGUUCGAUAUUACGGUUCGGUGAUUUUACUCCGGUAUAUUCCACAUUACGGUUCAACGAUUUUACUGAGGUGUGGUCGACGUCAUAGCUGAUCAAACAUUAUGUUGAAAACAAUAUAAAACCACAAGGUAAAAAAAAUAAUACGAAUUUUGAGUGUGCAGGGAAAAUAAGCGAUCCAAAAUGGCGACAUUUUUCAGACAAGUUGGUAUUUUGUUAUGGAAGAAUUUUUUAAUACAAAGAAGGAAAAUCUGUGCGUCGGUGUUCGAGGUUUUAUGUCCUCUUCUUCUUGUUGCGUUACUAAUGGUUAUCCGUGCAAGUUUACCUGCUAACAGAAAGUACCCUGCUAAAGUGCACUUAGAUGGUCAACUCAAUAGACAUAAAUAUUACGACAGAAAUUAUGUUAAAACUUUCAUUUACACACCAAAUAACUCCUUAAUUGAUGAUAUUAUGAACAGUGUCGUGAACUCCGUUAAUUAUGACAUAUCCCCAACGAAAUAUGAAGCCAACGGAUUUAAAAGUGAGACUGACUUAUUGAAGUUCUACAGAAACAACACAAGGUCUGUAGAAAUAGCUAUAGUUUUCGACGACAUAACAAAUGAAACUACAGCUUUACCAAAACAUGUACAAUAUGCGUUAAGGCCAAAUUCUCAAUAUAGCGCAUUAUGGAAUACAGGAUCCACAUCUCCCUUUAUAGAUUCAGGGGGACAAGGCAGCAGAUCCACACCUUAUAUUGGUGAUGACUUUGUGUACUAUCAAAGAUAUGUGGAUGAGGAAAUUAUCAAAUCCUGGACGCCUACAGCGAAUUUAACUGAUUAUAAAUAUUCUGUUAAGCAGAUGCCUUAUCCUGCAAGCGAAUUCGAUUAUAUGAUAGACGUUUUGCAAAUCAUGCUCCCUAGUAUACUAUGUUUUAGCUUCAUUAUCAGUGUCUUUAUCACCGCAAAAAAUAUCAUCUAUGAAAAGGAGAGAAAUUUAAAGGAAUCAAUGAAAAUGAUGGGUUUGAAAAGCUCAGCAAAUUGGACAGCGUGGUUUUUAACUGCAUUUAUAUAUCUUCUAGUAGCUGUGAUAUUAUAUACAGUUGCCAUGGCAAUACCACUGGGGGAAAAUGGGCCUGUACUAGGGCACACCGAUAUGUCUGUAAUCUUUGUGUUUCUGUUGUGCUACGUUAUUUCUAUUAUAUCAUUCUGUUUUCUAGUCAGUGUCUUCUUUGAUAAAGCCAAUGUUGGUGCUGCAGUUACUGGAAUUCUCUUUUUCCUGACCUAUGUGCCAGUUUUCACUUUGACUGGGCUAUAUGAGACUAUGGGAAGAAGUGCCAAACUUGGUUCAUGUAUUUUGUCAAACACAGCUAUGGGACUAGGAGCUUAUAUUAUUGGAUAUUACGAACAAACAGGCGAGGGCGUUCAGUGGAGCAAUAUGGCCUCUCCAGCAGUACUGCGAGAUAAUUUUUGCAUGUUGGAUGCCAUGUUGAUGUUGCUAGGUGACAGUGCUAUUUACCUCAUAAUAAUGUGGUAUGUCGAAAAUGUUCGUCCUGGAAAAAAUGGAGUUCCAAAACCGUUCUAUUUUCCUUUUAUGAAAAGUUACUGGUGUGGAACAAACCCUGCAAAAUAUCGUGAUAAUGAACAAACAACAAAUAACCCGAAAUACUUCGAAAAAGAUCCGUCUGGUUGCGGGGCAGGAAUUGUGAUAAAUGGUCUUAGUAAGGAAUUUAAAUCUGGUGGUGGAAAGAAGAAUUUGGCUGUUGAUAAUAUGAACCUGAGCAUGUAUCAGGGGCAGAUAACUGUAUUAUUAGGUCAUAAUGGUGCUGGCAAAACUACUACCAUGUCCAUGUUAACUGGUUUUAUUCCACCGACAUCAGGUAAAGCUACAGUUAACGGUCAUGAUAUAAGAACUGAUAUGGAUGGUGUUAGAGAAAGUCUGGGAUUAUGUCCACAACAUAAUAUACUCUUUGAUACUCUAACAGUAGAUGAACAUCUAGAAUUCUUCCUGUUGUUAAAGGGUGGUAAUCGAGCAACAGUAACCCAAGAAAUACAGACUAUGGCUCAAGAAAUUGGUUUAGAAACAAAACGAAAUACACGAUCCGAGAACCUGUCUGGUGGACAGAAGAGAAAAUUAUCAGUUGGCAUCGCUCUAAUUGGCGGAUCACAGACUGUGAUUUUAGAUGAACCUACAUCAGGAAUGGAUCCAGCAGCAAGGAGACAAACUUGGGAUAUUCUACAAAGAAACAGAUCUACUAGAACCAUUCUGCUUACAACUCAUUUUAUGGACGAAGCUGAUCUUCUAGGAGACAGAAUUGCUAUAAUGGCGGAUGGAAAAGUCCGAUGCUGUGGGGGAUCCCAUUUCUUAAAACAGCUUUAUGGAAGUGGUUACCAUUUAGUAAUGGUGAAAUCAGAAACGUGUAAUGUUGGUGCGGUAACAGAGCUUGUCCAGACUCACAUCCCAUUAGCCACCCUGGAGAGUGAGAUCAGUGCUGAGAUAUCCUACCUGUUACCCAAUGAAGCUUCAUCCAAAUUCUCAACUCUCUUCAAAGACAUAGAAACACAGAAAAACCAGUUGGGUAUAAAGAGUUUUGGAACCACGGCCACCACUAUGGAGGAGGUCUUUCUCAAGGUUGGCGAGCAGGUCGAUGACGACGAUAGCAAUGGGAGCAUGGAUAUAGUUAAACCAUACAUGUUUCAAAACUCUGUUUUCAACAAUGGUCAACAAACCGAAAACACUUCAUUAAUCAAUAUUCAAGUUCAGGAUGAAGAUAUACUUGCAUUCAAUAAAGGUUUCAGUAAAGUUGAAGGACUAAAGCUGGAGUUGUGCAGGUUUUAUGGAAUGUUUAUAAAGAAAGCUAUCCAUACCUGGAGAAACAAGCUAGUCACUGUUUUCCAGUUCCUGAUCCCUGUUCUGUUAACUAUCCUAGCUUUAGCCAUAUCAAAUAUAACCCCAUCUUAUUCUAGUGAACAGGAUACGGAGCCGUCGUUAACCUUGGACCUAAAGCCAUUUGCUAACCCUAUUACUGUUUACGGUGAGUCAAACAGCUCGACAAGAACGACCGACUUGAGCAAUAAAUAUGUGGGUCUGUUUUCAACAGGGGAGACUACCAUACACCUAACAGAUCAACAAGCACAGAAUUUCUCACGGUACUUUCUGGAUACGGCAAUGGAGUUAAAACCACACAUUUACAAAGAGAGAGUGGUGAUAGGAGUCGAUUUUUCUUCAGUUUCCGGAACGAGUACAUUAAUUAAAGGUUUUUAUAACGGACACCCGUAUCACGCUGCUGGUAUUACGGUCUCAUUUAUGAUGAAUGCUUUAGCUAGGCUUGUUUCUGGAGAUGAUACCGUAAAGAUAACAACUCGUAAUCAUCCAUUACCGCCAGUAACUUCAACAGAUAAUAAUUUUAAUGAAUAUGAUAUUAGGGGUAGCACUGGAAGUAAUGGGUUUCUUAUAGGAUUUUGUAUGAUGUUCGGCAUGUGUUUUCUGGCCAGUAGUUUAUCUGUGUUUCUUAUCAAGGAAAGACAAGUUGGCGCCAAACAUUUACAGAAAGUCAGCGGUGUUGGAUCUUUCAUUUAUUGGUUGGCAAACAUCACGUGGGAUUUUAUCAAUUACAUGAUGCCAUGUCUGCUUAUUAUUAUAGCCUUUGCGGGUUUUAGAAAUAUUGAAUUUCGUUCUGGAUCAAAUUUAGCCUACGUGUUUCUGGUUCUCGUCAUGUAUGGACUGGCUGUAAUACCAUUUGUAUACAUGUUACAAUUUAUGUUUAAAACACCACCUGGUGGAAUGGCGGCCAUUCUCAUACUUAGUCUUUUUUCUGGUAUAAUAUCUGUAAUGGUCGUAUAUUAUUUAAGUAUGAUACCAGAGAAAAAAACCAUGGCAUUAACUCUGGACGUGAUAUUUUCAGUAUUUUUUCCCCACCAUAAUCUCGGGUUGUCGAUCAUAAACAUAGUUAAUAAUUACCACAGUAUUGAAUAUUGUUCAGACCAAGCUUGUGAUAGAGAAAAAAAUUACAAUCCAUGCUGUCUAGACACAUGCGGAGAGUUUUGUAAACAAUACCAAAGUAAUUAUCUUUCCAUGAAUCGCCCAGGUAUUGGAAUGUACAUUCUCUUCAUGGCAAUUCAAUCUGUAUUAUUUUCUACCAUCACAUUAUGCAUAGAAGGUCGGGUACCACAGAGGAUUUGGUACUCUAUUAGACCCAAACAAGAAGGCACUGAACCAGGCUUCGUCAUUCAUGGUGGACAACAAACCGACAGUGACGUAGCCAGCGAGGCUGAGCGUGUUCAAAAUAUGGACAUGAAUCGACCCACCGAUUCUUUCAUAUUAAAUAAUCUUUAUAAAAGAUAUGGAAAUUUUGUGGCUGUGGAUCACAUUAGUGUUGGCAUACCAGAUAAAGAAUGUUUCGGUCUUCUUGGGCAAAAUGGUGCAGGAAAAACAACAACUUUUAAAAUGUUGACGGGCGAUGUAAUGGUUACCAGUGGUAAUGCCUAUUUGAAAUCAAACGACAUUAAAUCAAGUAUUCAAAAGGUACAGGAAAAUAUGGGCUACUGUCCACAAUUUGAUGCUUUGAUAGAUCAGAUGACUGGAGUAGAAACAUUAUAUAUGUAUGGAAGACUAAAAGGGAUACCUGAAACCCAACUAAAGGGCGUGGUUAAUAGUUUGAUUGACAUAUUGAUGUUGACGCAACAUGCAAAUAAAUUAACACGAGCAUAUAGUGGUGGUAAUAAACGUAAACUCAGUACAGCUAUUGCUUUAAUUGGUGACCCAGGAUUUAUUUUACUGGACGAACCUUCAACUGGUGUUGAUCCCAAGGCCAGACGUCAACUCUGGAAUGUUUUAUCUAAAGUCAGAGCCAGUGGGAAAACACUGAUACUCACGUCACACAGCAUGGAAGAGUGUGAUGCUCUGUGUACAAGAGUAGCCAUCAUGGUUAAUGGAAGUUUCAAGUGUUUAGGAAGUCCACAACAUUUAAAGAAUCAAUUCGGUCAGGGCUACACUUUGAUAUGCAGAAUGAAAACCCACGAAGAUGAUGGAUUGACGGCACCCAUUGGUCCGUUGGUACAGUUUAUCCAACAGAAUUUCCCAUCAGCCAUUGUGUUUGACGAUCACCAAGGUUACGCUCAUUUCCAGAUUCCAGAUAAUAACAUACCUUUAGCAGGUGUAUUUGAUGUAAUGGAAGAAUCGAAGGGUGUUUAUUCAGUGGAGGAUUAUUCUGUUCAUCAGACAACUUUAGAACAAGUUUUCCUGGCUUUCGCUGGGAAACAAAUUCCACCACGUGAAGAUAAAACUUCUGUUUGUAAUCGCAUAUGUUGUUGUUAGGGUAAUCUAUAAGAUUCCAAUCCUAAAAUGAAAUACAAUAAUCUUUAUGAAAAAGGUAUAUAUAGCCUAUUUUAAUUAUUUUAAAACUUCUUAUAAUAACCAAACAUUGUUUGGAAAUUAGACAUAAUAUAGACUGUUUGUUGUAAUUUGCACAACUUAUUGUUUCUUUUCUUUGUUAGUUGAUGUAUAAUGUAUAAUUUUGAUGUUGUGAUGAAUGGGGCCAAGCUUUAUUGAAUACUCAAUACUCUGAUCCGAUCGUCAAUACUACCGUUGACACGAUAAUAAACAAAGUCUUGAUCAUCCAUUUUAACGUUAAAUCAUCAAUUACAAUAGCAUUUAUAUCCACUAAAUAUCAAAGUCUAACGAUAUCACCGAGAGUUGAUUAUGGUCUUGAUAAGUUAAUUAAUGUCUAAUUAUUAAUUAAUAAUUUAUAAUUUAAGGCCUAAAGAAAGACCUGCAAUAGGAAGAUUUGGCUCUUGCAUAAUGCAUGUUUAAUAGAUCCUUUACAAUACGUCAACUACUUGUUUCAUCUGAUUUUGAUGUAUGCUUUGUGCGUUAUAUUUGAACCUUCAAGUGAAACCACCAUCACUGCCUAUCCUCUCGGGUGAAUUGGACUCUCUAAUAUAUACUAUUCAAAAAAAGUAG